GUCCUGGGCUAUUCGCUCAGAUCUGAACUUCAUACUUUCACCUCGACCACGUCUAACACACCACAAAGAGCAAGCUGCAAAUUGCGUCGUCGUCCCUUCCCAUGGCCAUAAUCCGGCGCGGCGUUCAUUCUCACUGAAACAUACGAUCAUUGAUGGACAAGAUGCACGAGAGUUCAGGCAAUACAGCAGAAGCCCCAGAGAAGAUGCACCACGGCAGUGACUCCCCGGAAGAGGAAGACAUACCGAUACUCGUACCAGGCGCCCCGGCGAUGGCGAUGUUUGUCCCCUUGGAAGAGAAUCUUUUCGAACCCUUCGAUGUUCCCCAAAACAAGAGCGACCGUCUGAGGCUCUCUCAGCAAAACAUCGAGAAACACACAGCUGCCGUAGAGCAGAACAUUAGGUACAUAUACGAACGGGAGCAUCGGCGCAUCCUACAGCACGCAAAUAAGUUGGAGGCGACCAAUGGCGUCUUCGAGACCACCACAGGCCUUAUGCCGGGUGAAGAGGAACUCAUCAUGGAACACGUGAACGCCCCGAUUCCUCACGGUGCCGACUACAACAAUCGUCACUUGUCAACGUACGCAUACCCCGAAAUCCCGGGCGAUUUGCCGCCGAGGCAGGCGGCACUUCAUUGGUCACUUUACAACGCCGGCCAGGCCCUGAUGCAACUAGGAGGUUAUGCCACUCAUGCGCAAGAGAUCAAGAACCAUUACAAGGCAGCUUUGGAGAGGGAGCUCGCGCAGGAUGAGGCAUCUGCCAACCACAGACAGGACGGCGAACCUGCUCAGAGCUAGAAACGACAACGGAUAGCGUGAGCAGCAACGACGUCUUUAGCGAAGGCGGCGUGAUCUGAGGCGGGAGGCUAAAGCCAAAGCCGGACUCUCGUCACGUCUGAGACCAGCUCAUCCAUGGUCCAUGACAGCGACUCGAGAGAAGGGGUCGUGGGCACAACUACUUUGUACAUACGAAUCACCAGAUACCAACAGAUACACUUGUACAGUCUACAGCUAGUCUCAUUAUCACGAUGAUAUGUAACGACCGGCGGUAAGAGGCAACGGUCAUUGAAGAGUUCUCCCAUGCUUCCAUAAACGGCGUCAAAAUGAUUCAUCUAGGUACACUAGAUAGAGGAAGGCUCGAUUGGAGCAUCUUGCGAUGCUCAAGCUCACCUACGAUAAGUGUCCAUA